AUGUCGGGCUUGGAGCACGAACACGGGUCCCUCACGCCUCCACAGCCUAUCCAGGACGUGGAAGGACGGCCCGCCUCUGUAGGACGUGCCGACUCGCAGUACACAGCGGACGCUCUGGGCGUUCCACAAGCAGGUCUCAACCCGGAUCCAUCGCUCCCUUCAACGCCCCACGAGUCCUAUGCGACACCUGGGCUCGGCACGUCAGACAACAUUCCACCUUUCGGGACUUCCUCAGACGCAAUAAACGCGAACACAUCAGACGCGGCGGCUGCAGCCGGUGUCCCCGCGACAAAGGAGACUGCGUCGGCAGGCUCAGCAGAGGCGUUGGCGGGUACGGGGACAAAGGGCGCUGGCAAGGCGCUGUGGUACAAGCGACCUAUCGUCUGGCUCGCGGCGUUCAUUGCGCUUGCAAUCGUCGUGCUCGUUGUCGUGCUGCCGGUAUGGUUCGUUGCCGUCAAGCCCCAUAGAGACCACAAUACGACAUCGGGCACUGGCAAGAGCGGGGGUCCUAAUCCGGAGAGCCCAUCUGGUGCGACGAGCGGGGGCAACGGUAGCACGAUCACAGCGGACGAUGGCACGAGUUUCACGUACAUCAACAACUUCGGUGGCUACUGGGUCUACGACGCGGAGAACCCCUUCAACAACUCGGCACGACCGAAUUCGUGGACGCCGCCCCUCUCUGAACCAUGGAACUGGAGCACGGACCGCAUUUGGGGCGUCAACUUAGGCGGACUGUUCGAGCUGGAGCCGUUCAUCUCGCCGGAGCUGUUCCAGGCGCACCCGAACUCAGUGGACGAGUGGACGCUUGACACCGACUUGCGCGCCGGCAGCAAUGGGAGCCAAAAUAUCCUUGCGCAGAUGGAAAACUACUAUAACACAUUCAUUACGGAGCAGGAUAUUGCUGAGAUCGCUGGUGCUGGUUUGAACUGGGUUAGACUGCCUAUUCCCUUCUGGGCGAUCGAUGUCUGGGACAAUGUGGGUGUAGACUCGAAUGGGACUGUGGUUAGCGAACCGUUCCUCGCAAGAGUAUCCUGGUCAUACAUCCUGCGCGUUCUUGGCUGGGCGCGUAAGUAUGGGCUGCGUGUCAAUCUUGACCUACACACGAUCCCUGGCUCGCAGAACGGCUAUAACCAUUCUGGCAAGCUGGGUAUUGUCAACUUCCUGAACGGUGUCAUGGGUGUCGCGAACGCGGAGCGCGCGCUCGAGUACAUUCGCGUGAUCGCUGAGUUUAUAUCGCAGCCGGAGUACCAGCCUGUAGUGCCCCUUUUCAGCAUUGUGAACGAGCCGCUGCUGGCGACUAUUGGGAAGGAUACACUCACCACUUUCUAUUUGCGCGCGCACGACAUGAUUCGAAAUAUCACCGGCAUUGGGGAGGGACAUGGGCCGUUCAUUGCGAUUCACGAUGGCUUCAUGGGCACGGCAUACUGGGCAGGCUUCCUCCAAGGUUCAGAUAGAAUCGCCCUGGACACGCACCCCUACUUCGCGUUUGACAAUCAGCCAAACAACCAGCCUGUCAAUGUGACCGUGGCAAACGGAUCCUCGCUGUACGGUGGGCAGUGGCCAUUGCUUGCCUGCAACUCCUGGGGCGCCGAGAUGAAUAACAGCCGCGAGCAGUUUGGUGUCACGAUCGCGGGAGAAUUCAGCAAUGCGAUCAAUGAUUGUGGUCUUUGGGUUCGCGGUGUGAACUCCUCCGCAGACUAUGUGGGGAACUGUGACUACUGGGAGAAUUGGGAGAGCUGGAGCGACGAGACGAAGGCCGGCCUGAAGCAGUUCGCACUCGCGAGCAUGGACGCGCUCGGCGACUGGUUCUUCUGGACAUGGAAGAUUGGCAACUCUUCGACGUCGAACAGCCCGCAAGCGCCACUCUGGUCGUACAAGCUCGGGCUCAACAAUGGCUGGAUGCCGCUUGACCCGCGCGAAGCUUCUGGCGCGUGCGAAUCGCUCGGCUACAUACCCGUCGCUUGGAACGACUCCUUCGCGUCUUGGGCCACCGGCGGGGCGGGUGCGGGAACCAUUGCGCCGACUUCAGUGUCGCAGUAUGGCGUAUGGCCACCGGCGACGAUCAAUAACGUCCCCACAGAGUCUAUUUCCUACCUUCCCCAAUACACGUCCACCGCAACUAUCGUCAGCCUGCCGCCCGCGUCGACGUAUACCGCCGCAACAGUAAGCACGGGCGAUGGCUGGUACGACGCGCAGGACCGUGCGAGCGCACCGACGCCCAUCGCGGGCUGCACAUACCCGGAUGCAUGGAGCGCGGUUGGGUCUCCGAUUGCCACAGCGGGGUGUGGAGCGGUGGCGUACGCGAAGCGCGAGGUGCCCGAGCCCGUUGUCACUGCGCCGCCCGCACGGCGGGGCUUGUGA